GCGGUUCCGGGUCGCUGCUCCGGCUCCGCGGCUGGCGGUGGGGGCUGGUGACGCUGGUCGGCGCUCGCGAGAGGCCCCGGAGGCGGUGCUCUGCCGGGUGCCCACAGAGCGGCAGGUGCGCGACCCGAAGCUCCGGGGAUUGGAGCCGCCCCUCGCCCCCAUUCUCCCGGUGUCCUCGGUCUGUCCCCAAGCGCCCCGGACGGGGUUGCCCGAGACCUUAGGCGGGGGGCGGUACCUGGGGACUGGGAGGGCGAGGAUGGGGGCGGAGGCGGGCUGCCCCGGCCUGGGGGGCUGGCGCCUCGGGUCCUGAGAUUCCUCCCUGCGCGACCUUGGACACGUCCCUCCUCGCCAGUGGGCUUCAGUUUCCCUGCUUCCAGAUGAGAGAGACGUCGGCUGCUAGCCCUGGCAGUGGGAGCACCGGCGGGGCUGGCGGGGGCUGAGGGAGUGGGCUCCCAACUGCCUGGCAGCGCCCUGCCCGCCAUCCUGGGCGUCAGCAUCUUCUUUCUUUUAAAAAAAAAAAUUUUUUUUUAAACCUAACUUUGCCGUCCUUCCUCUCAGCGACUGUCUUAGGCGUCCGUGACCAGACAGCCCAGGGUCUGGCCAGGUAAACAGUGUGUGAGGGCCAGAAUCAGCUGAGAGCUAAGCCGGCUCUGGAAAACCGGAACUCGCGUUGCAGUUUGGCUCAGGGCUGCCUAGAAGUGAAUUUAGACACUGACUGCGUUGAGCGACUCCAGCUCUAGGGAGAUUCCAGACUGUAGGAGACCAGCGUGAGCGAGGGUAGCCCGCCUGGAGUCGGGCAGUGACAGGUUUUCCCUCCCCGACUUAAUUCUUCCCUUGCACUCAUCUCCCACCACCGCCCCCCAAGAUUCUGGCUUUGUACUUGAAACAUACCCAACGUGUUUCAUCUUGGUCUUCGUGAGAGCUUUGACCUGCCGGCCGUCUUAACCGGGCACCUGUGUCUGGACCCUGGCCACUGACCUAAGGACUACUGCAGUGAGGCAGGAACCGGCCGCGGUGCAGGGAAGCCACACAGCAGCAAUGUUCGCAAAGCUGAAGAAGAAGAUUGCAGAAGAGAGUGCUGGCGCUCAGAGGCCUGGAGGUGCCGCUAGGAUUCCACGGUCCGUGAGCAAGGAGUCGGUCGCCUCCAUGGGCGCUGACUCAGGAGACGACUUUGCUUCUGACGGUAGCAGUUCUAGAGAAGAUCUCUCGUCCCAGCUUUUGAGAAGGAAUGAACAGAUACGGAAAUUGGAAGCCAGACUUUCUGACUAUGCUGAACAGGUCCGAAACUUGCAGAAGAUAAAAGAGAAGCUUGAGAUUGCAUUAGAAAAACAUCAGGAUUCUUCCAUGCGGAAAUUUCAAGAGCAGAAUGAGACAUUCCAAGCCAACAGAGCCAAAAUGGCAGAAGGACUGGCUUUGGCAUUAGCCAGAAAGGACCAGGAAUGGUUAGAAAAGAUGGACCACCUCGAAAAGGAAAAAAGGCUUCUGACAGCUCAGUUACAGGAAGUGAAGAACCAGAGUUUGAAUCUGUUCCAAAGAAGAGAUGAGAUGGAUGAAUUAAAGGGGUUCCAGCAGCAGGAAAUAAGUAAAGUAAAGCACAUGCUUUUAACAAAAGAAGAAAGUCUGGGGAAAAUGGAGCAAGAGUUGGAGGCACGAACCAGAGAACUUACUCGCACCCAGGAAGAGUUGAUGACUUCCCAUAAGAUGUCAUCAGACUUAAGCCAGAAGCUGGAAGAAUUGCAGAGACACUACUCAACGCUGGAAGAGCAGAGAGAUCAUGUGACAGCUUCAAAAGCAGGUGCAGAAAAUAAGAUCACAGCCCUGGAACAAAAGGAACAAGAGCUCCAAGCAUUCAUUCAGCAGCUUUCCAUUGAUUUGCAAAAGGUCACUGCUGAAACUCAAGACAAAGACAGACUCAUUACACAUUUGCAAGAGAAGGUCGGAUCCUUGGAGAAGAGACUGGAACUGAACUUAUCAGGGGAGGAGCAUUUACAAGAACUCCUGAAAGAGAAAACACUUGCUGAGCAGAAUUUGGAGGAUACCAGACAGCAGCUCUUGGCAGCCAGAAGCAGCCAGGCCAGUGCCGUUGGUGAAUUGGAGAGUCGGGUGAAGGACCUAGAGCUGACCCUGCAGGCCUCCCAGGAGAAGCUCCAGCAGAGCAGGGCCAUCAUGGCCGCCCAGGAAGCACAGAUCCAGGAGCUGGCCGCUGCAAGCCAGGAGAGCAGCCGCAUGCAGCAGCAGGCCCUGGCCCUGGAGCAGCAGUACGCAGAGCGCACCCACGCCCUUGAGGCCCAGAUCACUGCUCUGGAGCAAGCGCGGGCCGCUGACCAGACAGCUGCAGAGCAUGGCAUGAGAGAACUGAAGCAAGAAAAUGCAGCCCUUAAAGAGAGCAGAAAUGAGUGCGAGCGUUCUUUACAGCAUCAUCAGUUUGAACUAAAGAAGCUGAAGGAAGAAUGGAGCCAAAGAGAGAUUGUGAGUGUGGCCAUGGCCCAAGCCCUGGAGGAGGUGCGGAAGCAAAGGGAAGAGUUCCAGCAACAGGCCGCCCACCUGACAGCUCUGAUGGACGAGAAGGAGCAGAGUCUGCAGGAGAAAACCGAGGAGCUGCUGCAGAAGGAGCAGGAUCUUCUGGCACUGGAGAAAGGCCAGGAGUCUGCGCUGCUGCAGCUGCACCAGCUGCAGAGUGAGCUGGAGGCCCUGCGGAGCCUGAGGGCAGAGGAAGCUGCGGCCCGCGAGGACCUGCUGGGGCUGCAGGGCCAGGAGCCCCGCGAACUGCGCGUGAGCGUGAAAGCCACGCAAGACCCUGCAUACCAGCUUGCAGCCACCGAAGGAACGCCAAAUGGUGAGGUGGGGGCUGUGGAGCUAGGGCAGUUGCAGAAGGAGAAGCAGGACUUGGAGCAGCAACUCGCCGAGAAGAACAAGACCAUAAAGCAGAUGCAGCAGAGGAUGCUGGAGCUCAGAAAGACUCUGCAGAAGGAGCUGAAAAUCAGACCUGAUAAUGAGCUUUUUGAUGUUCGAGAGAAGCCUGGCCCUGAGAUGCCAACCCUGGCACCUUCUGUCACCAGUAACGCCGACCUCACCGAUGCCCGCGAGAUCAACUUCGAAUACCUUAAGCACGUUGUUUUAAAAUUCAUGUCCUGUCGGGAAUCCGAGGCUUUUCAUCUUAUCAAGGCGGUGUCGGUCCUGCUGAACUUCUCCCAGGAGGAAGAGAGCAUGCUCAAGGAGACCCUGGAGUACAAGAUGUCGUGGUUUGGGUCCAGACCAGCCCCCAAGGGCAGCAUCCGGCCGUCUAUUUCAAACCCUCGGAUACCGUGGUCCUAGGGAAGCACCCGAGGACGGAGCGCCGUGGGUUGACUCUUUUUCUGUGAAAAGUUCGCUGACACACCAGUCUGGGUGGGUUUUUAAUCACUGUAACUGCAGUAUUUUGUACAAGCGUCUAAACAUUGUUUACAACACUUAAGGCCCACUUCCCUGCAGGCUCACAUGCACCUCGGGAGGGAGCUGAUCCUGUGUCUGGCCACCAACAGGAGGGUCCGGCACUCCCCGGCUGCCACAGGGCUGCUGGUAGCCCAGCUCUGGCCAGCACCCUGUCUGCACCCGAGCCUCUGCCUAUCCCGUUAGCGUGCAGAGCCGUGGCCACGGCCCUCAGGCGGUGCUGACCAUGAUGACGCGGGCCACACUCAGCUGUGCUGCGGCUUCUAGAGGGGCCCUCCGCCAGGGCGUGGGGUUCACAGGAGCCAAGGCUGGUCAAGCCCUCCUCCCAAGAACACAGCGCUCCCCUGGACCCUCAGAUGUGCACAUCGCGAAGGCACGCUGAGGCCAGGUGGCCUGAAGGACAUGCAGCUUGCUGACGGCAUCUCCACUGUCCAGAAGAAAGCUAGCAAAUACAGCGAUCCCAGUGUAGCACCAAAUACACUCAAUGGCCUUUUUAAUGAAUGUACUUGUCUUGGAUAGGUUGCUGGCAAACCAUUUUAAACUAUUUUUUAUAGCUGAAGUUCUUUGCUGUUAUAAACAUGUCUUCUGUCUUAGAAAAUCCAUUGAACUGAUGUUCUUAAAGGACAAUGAGAGCGCAUCAAGAGGAAAUUCUUUCUAAAAGCAGGAGUCCUGUCCCUCUGUGGUUUUGCUCGCGUCCUGCGCAUCUGCUGGCCCCGGGGCGGCCGGGGACCUCCUGGGCCCCGCCCGGAGCCUGUGCUUAAUGCCCCUCCCCCAGCCUGGACCAAACCCUGGGAGGGGCUGCCCCUGACACCAGAGGCCCAGGUGGCACUGCUGCAGCAGCUGACAGCACCCCCGCCGCCGGCCGCCCAGAGCUUGGAUCCGUUACUGCUGAGGAGAGGAGAGACGCUUGUUCUGGACACGGCGCGUCCUUCAGCUGAAAGGGAAGCCAUUGAUUGAUUGAUACUUCAGUGAGUCUCGCUGGCUAAAUGAACAAGAGUGGCUGGAGUGUCCGUAUCCAGUGACGUACAGGUGUUUCUCAGUUAGGCUUUGGGUCACUGCACGUAUGUACAUGCACAUACGGAUAGGCAGAUGCCGAACAGGCCUGGCAGAAGCUCACCGGCGCUGCCCCGCGCCACAGCAGCCAGGGCAGUGCCGGGCAGCCUGCCGCUCGGGUCCCUCAGAACGCUGCGUUCCAUUCCCCGGUGGGCGACACGAAACCGGCGUCCCCUGGGCUCCGUCACUUUGGUAGGAGGAGUGCGAGCUGCUGGGGCAGCUGUAACACUUGGGAGGCAGGGUCUGCUCCGCCCGGCUUCUCCUGCCCCGGGGGCGGGUCACCCCCGCCUCAGGUGUCCUGGGGCCUAGGAGUGUGUCCCCUUAGGGAGGAGUUGCUCGGAUUCAGGGUUCCUCCUGCAUGUUGAAUUUCCCUCAGCUUUAAGGGGAAGAAUGGAGUAAACAUUCUAAGUGAUUUCGUGCACUUUCACUUGUAUAAAAUGUCCUGUAUGAGGCAGUAUACAUAGCCCUUUCUAUGGACGUUGCUCUUGAUCUCACUCAGUGUUGUAAAUAGGAUGGUACUCCUGAGACUGCUGUAGAAAACUCACUUGUGGUGCAAUACACUUUUUGAUUAAAGCGCUUCAAUUCCGA